CUCACUCACCGGGCUCAAGCUCACAGCUGCGCGCACACACACACACUCACACACUCUGUCUCUGUCUGUGUCUGUGAUACACACCAUGCGUACCUGUGCGGAGCUACUCUCUACCACCCAGUGCUGGAUUUUACCAAUGAAUCAGGCUGAGAUUUAACACAGAGACAACACAACACUCGUGAAAGGAUACUUGAACUACUUUUCUUCUAUUUGUCCUACUUGAUCCUGUGGAGAGAAGUGACCGGCGCUGCUGCUGCUGCUGUCGCUGCUGCCGCUGCUGCUGCUGCUGUGAAGAAUUUAGAAGAGGAGGAGGAGGCCGUGCCGUGAGCUCUGACUUCUGAGUUUGAACCAAAAUAAAAAAACACUCCAACACUCCAUUUUUAUUUGUGUCCUGUGUGAAGUGGAACCACUGUCCAACCAUGAGGAGAAGCUUGCAUGUCCUUCCUCUCAGUGUGCUCACGGCUCUGCUGCUGUCUCAGGUCUGCUCUGGCAUCAAAUGGCUAGCGCUGUCCCACGUUCCGACGUCUUUGCACGUCAACCAGACUCACCACUGUAAGCUGCUGCCCGGCCUGGUGUCCUCCCAGGCUCAGCUGUGCCGCAGCAACCUGGAGCUCAUGCAAACCAUUAUCCAGGCGGCGCGCGAGGUCAAGAAGACGUGUCAGAAGACCUUCGCCGACAUGCGCUGGAACUGCUCCUCCAUCGACAUCCCCGUUGACUCCCCCAAGUAUCGUCCAGACCUCGACCGAGGAACGAGGGAGUCCGCGUUCGUCUACGCUCUCUCCGCCGCGACCAUCAGCCACACCAUAGCGCGGGCGUGCACCUCCGGAGACCUGCGUCUGUGCUCCUGUGGUCCGAUCCCAGCCGAGAUCCCGGAGCCGGGAUAUCGCUGGGGCGGCUGCGCCGACAACCUGCACUAUGGUUUGAUCAUGGGCUCCAAGUUCUCCGAUGCCGCCAUGAAGAUGAAACGCUCGGGCUCCCACGCCAACAAACUCAUGCACCUGCACAACAGUGAAGUAGGCAGACAGGCUCUGAGAAAUGCGCUGGUGAUGAAAUGUAAAUGUCACGGCGUAUCCGGCUCCUGCUCUAUAAGAACUUGCUGGAGAGGACUGCAAGACCUGAGGGACAUCGCCAUGGACCUGAAGACCAAGUACCUGUCUGCCACCAAGGUGGUUCACAGACCCAUGGGGACACGCAAGCAGCUGGUACCUAAGGAUAUUGACAUCAGGCCCGUGAGGGAGAACGAGCUGGUCUACCUGCAGAGCUCCCCGGACUUUUGUGCCAAGAAUGAAAAGCAGGGAUCUGCCGGCACACAGGGCAGGCAGUGCAACAAAACGUCCAUGGGCAGCGACAGCUGUGAGCUGAUGUGCUGCAGCCGCGGCUACAACCCCUACACGGAGAAGCUGGUGGAGCGCUGCCACUGCAAGUACCACUGGUGCUGCUACGUCACCUGCAAGAAGUGCGAGCGGAUCGUCGAGAGAUACAUGUGCAAAUGAGUCACCCAACCCCCCCCAUCCGCCCGCCCGCCCGCCCGCCCGCUGCCGGCCACAUCAGCAGUCCUCUUCAUGUACUCAGCCCACCCGAGGCUCCAGAUUAACCAAAGCACUACAGUACAAAGAAGGCUUAAUCUUGCCUGAAGCUUUAGCAUGUGUAUCUCAACGAAGAAGUGGUCUUUUCCUUGUAUCACUAUCAAUUUUUUUUGUAACAAAAUCUCUGUGCUGCCAGUCAGACUUCUGUCAUUUUUUGCGUCACAAACCUGGAUGUGGCGCGUGGGACAACAGCCCCAGUCGUCUUAUGAGAAGACCACCGUCCUCAUGGGUUCUUUUUCUUUGUCAUGUUAAUGAUUAUAAAUUCCCCACACCGGGGAUUUUGAAAGUCUAUUUUAUUAUAUGUCUAUUAAAAAAAGAAAUAAUAUUGGAUUUUAUGCUGGAAGGAGAGGAUUUUGAGACUUUUACAUAUUACUUUAUUCCAUGGGAUUUAAAGGGUUCUAACGGAACCGUGUGGUACUUUUUUCAGGUACUAUUGAGACUUUUUCCCUCCGCAGGAAAAUGGAUGAUAGAGGAAAAGGGAACACAAAGGGAACUUCAAGUACUUUUCAAUCAUGGAAAAUUUUUGUGGUUGAUGUUUUUGGACUCUCACCAUGGGUCCAGCGUGGAUCACGACGUGCCUGCAUCCCUGUGGAUUGGAGAGAGGACAAUAAUGAGCUUGGUGAAAUGGUGCAUUAUCUCCGUUAUGUCUGACCGACCUUUGCAGGCAGUUCAAAAAUAUAUUUUAUUUUUUAGAGCAUAUGAGCUGAACUCAUUGAUUUUGUAAACCACUUUUGUGUGGAUGUACAUACUGCUAUUUUGUAUACUGAAAUAAAGAAAGAAGUAUUUAUAAAAUAAUUAAAUGACCUUCACCAUGAUCUUUA